CGGAGAAACCGAAAAACACACUCAAACAACAACACUUCAAGUAAUGACUCAAGACCUCAAACGAGACUACGUCGUUUUGGAAGAAAUCGGCCGGGGAAGAUUCGGCACCGUUUUCCGAUGCUCUUCCGUCGAUUCCGGUGACUCCUUCGCUGUUAAAUCCAUCGACAAAGAGGCCGUAACCGCCGCCGGAGACUCCCUCGACGCCCAAUGCCUAUUAACGGAGCCCAAGAUUCUUGACCUUCUCUCCCCUCACCCUCACAUCGUUAACCUCCACGGCCUCUACGAGGAUGAAACCCACCUCCACAUGGUUCUCGACCUUUGUUACGAAUCCGACCUUCACCAACGGGUCAUGCUCGAACCGGAAGCCGCUUCCGUCUUGUAUCAACUCAUGCAAGCCGUGGCCUACUGCCACGGCCUCGGCGUGGCUCACCGAGACAUAAAGCCCGACAACAUUCUCUUCGACGACGAGAAUCGGCUCAAGUUAGCCGACCUCGGCUCGGCUGAGAUUUUUCAGGAGGGGGAGCCGAUGAGCGGCAUCGUGGGGACGCCGCAUUACGUGGCGCCAGAGGUCCUCGCCGGACGGGAUUACACCGAGAAGGUCGACGUGUGGAGCGCCGGCGUCAUUUUAUAUGAAAUGUUGGCUGGGUUUCCGCCUUUUCGCGGCGAUUCGCCGGUGGAGAUUUUUGAGGCCGUGCUUCGAGCCAAUUUGAGAUUUCCUAGCCGAGUUUUUUGCUCCGUGUCACCGGCGGCUAAGGAUCUGCUUCGUAGAAUGCUGUGUAAAGACGUUUCUAGAAGGUUCUCCGCGGAACAAGUCCUAGCGCACCCAUGGUUUAGCAUUGCGGAACAGGGCAUGCGAGCAGAAUGAGUUGGUGAUUCGUCUUCACAAAGCAGAGAACAAUGCGUAGAGGUGUUUUUUCAUUUUUUUAUGUAUAAAUGAGACGCACCCUAUGCCUUUUGGGGGCAGAGAUUUCUUCUCGUGUAUGGAGAUUGAAGAAAGCCAUCUUUUUUUAUGUAUAAAUGAGCAGAGUAUAGAGACGAGUAUAAUUUUUUGUUUGUUUCAGUUCUCUGUUUUCGAAUGUAUGUUAUGUAAUUAUCUGCCAUUUGGCGAUUGUAGUGAGAAAAUAGUUUGUGUAUAUGGAUAUAUCUAGAAGAUUUGAAACAGUUAGUUUGUUGCAAUCCCUUUGACACAUCAUACCGAACCCUGAGAGCAGUAACCAGAGUUCAGUUAGGUGCCACCUUCUUCGCGUUACUGUUUAUCACUGUAAAUCCGGAGAUAAUUGUAGCGGAAUUUCUCUAAUCAUUUUCAGAUUGCCGUGGCCUAUGGGUAAUAAUCACAAUUCAGUUGGAAUUCCACCUUCUUCGCUCCGUCUUUUGGUUUUAUUAUGAGGAAAUAAGACGUUCAAAGUUUGAAUUGAGUU